AUGACUCUCUACCACGGCCGCCUGCCGGCUCUCGGAGUGGCAUCCUCGGCGCUGAGCCUCUCCGGACCCCCGCUCAUCUACCUGUACGGAGGGGACAGCGGAGGCGUGGUGCCCGCCGCCCUGAGCUUCGUCCCGGCCCGUCAGGAGCCUCCGCAGAAGCCUCCGUACAGCUACAUCGCGCUCAUCGCCAUGGCCAUCAAGAGCGCACCGGAGCAGCGCGCCACGCUCAGCGGCAUCUACCAGUUCAUCAUGGACCGGUUCCCCUUCUACCACGACAACAAGCAGGGCUGGCAGAACUCCAUCCGGCACAACUUGUCCCUGAACGACUGCUUCAUCAAGGUGCCCCGAGAGAAGGGCCGCCCGGGCAAAGGCAGCUACUGGACGCUGGACACCAAGUGUCUGGACAUGUUUGAAAACGGCAACUACCGCCGCAGGAAGAGGAAGGCGAAGAGCCAGCAGGAGGCUCUGGACUCUAAAGCCGCCGGACACAAGCGCAUGAAGGGCCCGGGGCCGCCCAGGGACCCUCACUCCUCCGGGAAGCCUCAGACGGGUUCCAGGAUCUCAGAGGCUCCAGCUGUGGAGGACGCGAAGACUCAGCCGGACACCAAACCUGUUCUAGUGGAGUUUAACCAGCUGGAGCAACCGCAGAAUCCUCCCACGCAGAGGCUGAAGGUUUUCCCCAGCCAGGACACUGCUGCGUCCGCCGGGAGGAGGCCAGAGGCCUCGCAGCCGGAGCCCUGUGCCGCUCCGAGGCACCCUCCACUGUGGCUGGACGGUGCGCAUCUGCCCGGAGCGUCCGUCCACCGGGAGCCGGAGGAGAGACGGUCCGCGUUCACCGGGAGGGACAGAGGUCCGCUCUGCGCCGUCAGCUGCGCAGGAAACACAAACCUGGUCGCACCUGCGCAGGACAGGCCGAAAGGAAACGUUCCGAGCCGGGAUAAAUCCAAAGCGUUCAGCAUCGAGAGCAUCUUAUCCAGGAGCGAAGACGAAAUGCGCAGCAGCGUCCUCGGUCUGUCAGCGGAGGCACAGAGUCCGGGGUUCAGCUCCUCCGUGGUUCUCGGUGCUCGGCAGCAUCAGCUCUACCAGAUGGGAUUCCCGUUCUGCUCCUACCUGUCGCUCACCUGCCCGGACAAAGUGCUGCAUUUUAAAUGA